UUUGAGGACUUGAACUCAGUUAUACAAAAUACUACUGAAGUCUUCAAAAAUUCUAUGUUAAGUAUUAAUUCUACUAUCAAGAAUAUGAAUAACACAGUGCUUAAAUAUAAUGAAGAGAUUAAGGGUAUUGAGAGUAUUAAACCGAAUUCUGAAAGUAUCUUAGGAAAGAGGCAGAAUUCUAGUUCAAAUUAUGAUGAAUUAGCAUUCCUUUUCAAUAAUUUAAAUAAAGAUGUAAUUAUAAGAAAAAUUAAUGAAAAUACUCUUGAGAAUGAAAGUAAAUUAUCACUAGCAAGUAAUAUCAAGAUAAAUUUUAAUGAAGUGUUUGAUCUAACUAGAGAAAGUUUAUAUGAAUGUAAAGAAAUUACUGAAAGUGGUACAUAUGGAUUCAAAGAAUUUGAAAAAGUUAACAGAAAUUCAAAUAAUAAUGUUCAACAACGUGAGCUGAAAAAUAAAGAACUACAUAAUAAAAUCGAG